AUGUCUCGCCCGGACGAGACACUGGCAGCCGCUGCGGCAAUUCUGCGUGGAUUGGCCAAGGGCUCAACCUCGUCCACCUACACCAAUGGCUUGAAGCUUCCACCAUACAAGCUCUCUGGCGACGAUACACCGGGAAAAGAAGACUUCGAAGCUGAAAUAGCCGCUCUUGCAAGACGGAUACACUACCUGGAAUCUCGGGCGGAUGUUGUUGGGCGCUCACUGCCAGAUACUCCAGGUGAAUUUCAGAGCCCGGCUUCGCCGUUGUCCCGCCCAGUCGAACCACGGGGUUCUCUGGGCGAAUCUGGCGCUGAUUUCUCUGCAGACUCUUCUGAGAGAACACCUAUCAAUUACAAUCAGUCGAGGCGCGUCAACACCCUUCUCGCUGCCAGAGAUUCCUUUCGACCUUCGGAACCGGACCGUGCAGUGAGCGAAGAUGAUAUUAGCAUAUUGCGAGAACAUGUCGAGAGGCAGGCGGAGCAGAUAAAGAGUCAGCGAGACACAAUUGCAGAGAUUAGUCGCGGUCUACGGAAUUCGGAAGAGCAGGCCAAACAAGCCUUCAUGCGGGUGGAAAAUGAAGACGUUUCGAUCUUGGAGAGGGAGCUGCGGAAACACCAGCAAGCAAACGAGGCGUUCCAAAAAGCUUUGCGUGAGAUCGGUGGCAUCAUCACACAGGUUGCCAAUGGUGAUUUGUCCAAACGAGUCCAGAUCCAAGCUACGGAAAUGGACGACGAAAUUGCGGCCUUCAAAGUCACCAUCAACACUAUGAUGGACCAGCUGGAGAUUUUCGGCAGCGAGGUCACUCGUGUCGCCCGUGAAGUGGGGACCGAGGGCAUUCUGGGUGGACAGGCUCAGAUCAGCGGAGUGCAAGGCAUAUGGAAGGAGUUGACGGACAACGUCAACAUAAUGGCAGCGAACCUGACAGACCAAGUCAGGGAGAUUGCAACCGUCACCAAGGCCGUUGCACGUGGUGAUCUCAGUCAAAAAGUACAAAGUCGUGCAAAGGGCGAAAUAUUUGAACUACAGCAUACUAUCAACACCAUGGUGGACCAACUGAGAACGUUCGCCACCGAAGUCACUCGCGUUGCCACUGAUGUCGGAACGGAAGGCGUGUUAGGUGGACAAGCCCAGAUCGAAGGUGUCCAAGGUACCUGGAAUGAAUUGACCAAGAGCGUGAACGCAAUGGCAGACAACCUCACGACACAGGUCCGAGACAUCGCAAUGGUGACCACAGCUGUGGCAAAGGGCGAUUUGACACGAAAGGUCACUGCGAGCUGUAAAGGAGAGAUUCUGCGACUCAAGAUUACGAUUAACAACAUGGUUGAUCAACUACAGCAGUUUGCUCAGGAAGUCACAAACCUGGCCAAAGAGGUCGGAACCAACGGUGUUCUGGGAGGUCAAGCUACGGUGCACGACGUCGAAGGUACCUGGAAAGAUCUUACCGAAAAUGUCAACGGCAUGGCAAUGAACUUGACAACCCAAGUGCGAGAGAUUGCUGCAGUCACCACCGCUGUCGCCAACGGCGACUUGUCAAAGAAAGUUACCGCCGAUGUCCAAGGCGAAAUUCUCGAUCUGAAAGUGACCAUCAAUUCAAUGGUUGACCGACUAAACACCUUCGCAUUCGAAGUCAGCAAAGUGGCGAGAGAAGUCGGCACAGACGGAACACUUGGAGGGCAGGCCAAGGUCGAUAAUGUCCAAGGCAAAUGGAGAGACUUGACCGACAAUGUGAAUACGAUGGCCUCGAAUCUGACAGAUCAGGUACGAAGUAUCUCGGACGUCACACAAGCCAUUGCUGCUGGAAAUCUGGACAAGAAAAUCGAGGUACAAGCACAAGGUGAAAUCUUGACACUGAAGGUCACUAUCAAUAACAUGGUAGACCGCUUGGCAACCUUUGCCCAUGAAGUGCGACGAGUUGCUCGCGAUGUCGGUGUCAAUGGCAAAAUGGGUGGCCAGGCCAACGUUCACGAUGUCAGUGGCCGAUGGAAAGAGAUCACAGAGGACGUCAACACCAUGGCCGAGAAUCUGACUGCGCAGGUUCGUGCAUUUGGUGAGAUUACGGACGCGGCAACGGAAGGAGAUUUCUCAAAGUUGAUCAGCGUCAAUGCGUCCGGUGAAAUGGAUGAAUUGAAGAGAAAGAUCAACCAGAUGAUUUCGAACCUCAGAGACAGCAUACAGAGAAACACGGCGGCGCGUGAAGCCGCCGAAUUAGCCAACCGGACAAAGUCCGAAUUUUUGGCAAAUAUGUCCCAUGAGAUCAGGACCCCUAUGAACGGCAUCAUUGGCAUGACACAACUGACGUUGGACACCGACGAUCUGAAGCCGCACUCGCGAGAGAUGCUCAACACGGUUCACAACCUUGCAAAUAGCUUACUGACCAUCAUUGACGAUAUCCUGGAUAUUUCAAAGAUUGAAGCCAACCGUAUGGCGAUUGAGGCUAUUCCAUAUACAAUCCGAGGUACUGUCUUCAACGCACUGAAGUCAUUGGCUGUCAAGGCGAACGAGAAGUCAUUAUGUUUGGCAUUUGAUGUGGACAACUCGGUACCGGACUAUGUCGUUGGCGACCCAUUCCGGCUGAGACAGAUCAUCCUCAACCUGGUAGGCAACGCGAUCAAGUUCACCGAUCAGGGGGAAGUCAAAGUGACCAUCAAAAAAUCCAAAGAUCUUCUGUCGAACUGCGCAACAGACGAGUUUCCGUUCGAGUUUGUGGUCUCCGACACUGGGAUAGGCAUCCAGUCGGACAAGCUCGACCUGAUCUUCGACACUUUCCAGCAAGCGGACGGCUCAACGACAAGGAAAUUCGGCGGUACCGGGCUGGGCCUGUCUAUAUCGAAGCGCCUGGUCAACCUCAUGGGAGGUCAAGUUUGGGUCACCUCCGAUUUCGGGCACGGUAGCGAAUUCCACUUCUCGUGCAUUGUCAAAUUCGCAACGGACGACAUCAGUGUCAUCAGUUCCCAGCUUUAUCCUUUCCGAAAGCAUAAGGUGCUCGUGGUUGACAAGGGCGUGUCCAAGUUCUUUGAACGCGUCCCUGCAAUGAUCGAGGAGCUUGGGCUACAAGUCAGAGUGGUGAAAGACGAAGCAGAUGUGCCGGAUCCUGGCAUCUUCAACGCCGAACGCAAUCGCAAAAACACCGACGGAGGCUAUGAUGUUAUCGUCAUUGAUGAACUACAGACUGCGCAGAAACUGCGAGAACUGGACAAAUUCAAGUACAUGCCCAUGGUUUUACUGAACCCUACUGUGUCUAUCAGUCUCAAGACUGUACUUGACCUUGGUAUCGCUUCAUACAUGACCACGCCCUGUCAAUUGAUCGAUCUGGGUAAUUGCAUGAUCCCGGCUUUGGAGGGCCGGUCUACGCCCGUCAUCAAGGACUACAAGAAAUCCCUCAACGUGUUGUUAGCGGAGGACAACGAGGUCAAUCAAAAGGUGGCCAUCAAAAUUUUGGAAAAAUAUAAUCAUGUGGUGACGGUAGUGGGCAAUGGGUUGGAAGCCGUCAAUGCCAUCAAAAACAACCGAUUCGACAUUGUACUUAUGGAUGUGCAGAUGCCAGUGAUGGGUGGGUUCGAAGCCACACGAGAGAUUCGGCAGUAUGAAAAGGAAAGGGGACUGCCCAGAACGCCCAUCGUCGCUCUAACCGCCCACGCCAUGCUCGGAGAUCGCGAGAAAUGCAUCCAGGCACAGAUGGACGAAUACCUGUCCAAACCACUGAAACAGAACCUGCUUAUGCAAACGAUUCUGCGAGUGGCUUCCGACAGGGUGACCGAUAUUUUCAACAAGCAGGCACGAUCAAAAUCCAAUGGAGCUCGUAAUGGCACUGGCGGUGGUGCGGACGGAAAAGACUCCCAUUCAAAAGCUGGGGAUUCUCGAGGGGCAUCGAGCUUGAGGCCCCCGUUCAGCGAGAGGUCGGUGACGGCGUCAGGGCCAGUGAAUCAUGGCAGCGUCGAGAGUCCUUCAUUGGGCACAGAUGGCGAGCCCGAUCCGAUGUCGGCAGCUAAUAGCAGCGUGGACGAGAACGGCAUUGUGUCGCCCACUCUCGCAGGUUCGACAGAUAUCCGGGCACGCUUCGGCGAUGUACAACCAAGCGAUUCACCAGCCUCCGAUCGUUCGGAGUCGAAAAGACAGUCUAUUGACAAGCAUCUCGGUCGCCUCGUGAUCAGUGAGGAUCGCAGCCGCUAUGUGAACAACGCGUUUUGGACUGGCAUGAGUGAUGAGAUUGCUGAAAUGCGGGACUUGCUCGACCCGUCAAGCACCGACGACGAAGAUGAGGUUCUUUCCCCCGAAACCGAUCGCCAGUCGAACCACCAAGCCUUCCUAUUUGGGUACUCGUCAGUCAUGCAGGAUCUGAGAGAGCUACAUCCCACCCCGAGUCAAAUUUUCAUUCUUUGGGAAGUUUUCAAGGAGAAUGUGGACCCGGUGGUCAGGAUACUCCAUCGACCUACAGCCAGAACAAUUCUCAUGAAUGCUGCGAGCAGUAUCGAUCGAGUCUCCAAGCCAGCAGAAGCUUUGUUGUUUGCCAUCUACUUUGGUGCCGUAGUCAGCUUGACUCCAGAGCAGUGCCAGCAACUAUUGGAUGAGGACAAGCAAUCACUAAUAAAGAAGUACCGGUUCGCAACAGAACAAGCUUUGGCCCGCGCGGACUUUUUGAACAGUUCCAGUCUCAUGUGCUUGCAGGCACUGUCAUUUUUCCUCAUCUUUGUUCGGCAUUGUGACGAUUCAAGAUUGGUAUGGGCAUUGGGAGGGUUGGCUAUGCACCUGGCACAGUCGCUGGGCAUCCACCGUGAUGGAACGCAUUUCGGAUUGAAUCCAUUUGACACGGAAAUGCGACGCCGGUUAUGGUGGCAGAUAUCUCUGCUAGAUAAUCGAGCUGCCGAAGACCAUGGCGUAGAUCCUUCAUUCUCCGACGAGUUUUACGAUACUCAGGUCCCUGCGAACCUGAACGACGACGAUAUCUAUCCCGGAAUGAAGUUCUGGCCCGCAGAAAGAGUCGGAGCGACCGAGAUGACGUUCUGCUUGAUUCGCUAUGAAAUCAGCGCCUUUUCGCGUCGAUUCAACUUUGGCGCUCCUGGGCCCGGCACAAAGCAAGUUCCCGACCUGUCCCUGGAAGAAAAGGAGAGAUUAAUCGAUGAGUGUCACCGGAAGCUCGAAGAGAAAUACUUACGGCACUGCGACAUGAAUACACCAAUCUACUGGGUGGCCGCGACGGUCGCGCGUCUGAUCCUGGCCAAGAUGUGGUUGAUGGUGCACCAUCCGCGAGCGUACUCCAACAACAACGAACCCUCACCAAUGCCGCCGGAAAUCCGGGAUCGAGUCUUCAUCACCUCAGUGGAAGUGAUAGAAUUCUCUCACCUGCUUGAGAAGAAUGAAAACACGGCGAAAUGGGGUUGGCUAUUCAGGACCUAUAUGCAAUGGCAGUCUGUGGCGUUUGCUUUAUCAGAGAUCUGCGUGAGACCGCCUGGUCCCGACGUAGAUCGAGCAUGGCGCGCGGUCGAAUCGGUCUAUGGGCAACGAAUGAUGAACUCCAAGUAUCAGAAAGGAAUGCUGUGGAAACCCUUGCGGCAUCUCAUGGCCAGAGCAAAGGCCCGAAGAGCGGAGCAACAGGCACAGUCAAACCAGGUGCCGCAGAAGCAGGAAAUCAUAUUUGCCGAUAUGGCCAAUCCAACUCCGAUGGAACGAUUCAUGCAAGACUAUCCAGUCAGUGCUGCCAACGCGAAUACAAUGGAGGCAUUCGACCCGACAAACGAGCAGCCCUACAACAAUACGGGAUUGGGCCUAGAUCCACGAGUACCAGAAUCUUUCCAUGCAGCAACCGGCAGUACGACGAGGGAGAGCAGCCACGCCAUGAUACAGGAUGAUCCCAGCGGUGCGGGAGUGAACUGGACGCCGGAGCCCAUGGCGAUAGGGAGCAACGAUAUAUUGGAUUUCGGAUGGUCGCCAUCUGUUGGCGACUUUACAGUGCGAAGUGAACCCUUCCAGCGCUAUUUUGUGACCAUUCAAGAGAAUUGGUUUUGA